UCUUCAUUUUAAUUAUAUCUUUUAAAAUUAUCAAAUACCAAAGUCAUUCGAUCUUUUCCCAUUCCCCUUACUACGUGUUGCGGCAAAAUCAUUAGAGCGCAGAAGGUUACAGGCAGAAGACGGUUGAACGGCGAGAAUGCAGCACUGUGGAACCAUGCUUACCAUUUCGAGAAUGCAACUUGUAUUGUGCAGUGUCUUCAUCCCCAAACGCCGCCGCUAACUCUGCCUUCCGAUCACUUUUCGCCGCUCCUCCGAUCACAUUUUAAUUACCUGAUUAGUUACGCAUUUCGUUCAUUUUAAUUACCUGAUUACUUGUAGUUCACUAUGUGAGUAAAGUAACAACACUAAAAGGAGUCACAUUCUAAGCUACAAUACUCUAUACCACACAGGAUUAUACCUCUAUUUCAAUUUUUUUGUUAAAUACCAACAACGUAACCGAAUCGUUGAACUUAGAAACAGAGUGAGCGAGUCCAUUGUUUUCUGUUUAUUCGUUCCAAUUCCAAUGGAGCUUCGUCGUAGCCAACGCAUUUCCAACGCAAGAUCUUCUGGACUAAUUGUGAGUAGUUAUGCGGAAGAAAGUGAUUUCGAGGAAGAAGAAAGUGAUUUUGAACAAGAAAAUGCUGGAGAUGGAGAAUCAAGUGGUAUUGUUGUUGAUCAAGUAAUAGAGAACAAAGAUAACAAUGAACCACCAAUGGUUCAGGUUCUGCAUCAGCCACUUCCCAUUGAAGAUGGAAGGAAGUCAAGGAAAAAGGAAAAACUAGCGUUAACAUGGCAAGUGAUGGAACACGACCUACAGUUAUUGGUUAAUAUGGCAAUGUUUCCAACAGAUAGGGAAAGAUACCGUGAGAUUGAAAUGAUGAAUAAAACUGCUGAGGCAUCCUCUGAUUUCAUUAUACCUUUGUUUAAAUUCCAAAAGCAAUGGUUGGCUUGGGCUUUGGAUCGGGAACGGAUUUUCAGAGGUGGAGUGCUUGCAGAUGAAAUGGGAAUGGGAAAGACCAUUCAAGCAAUUGCCCUUGUCCUUGCCAAACGCGAACUCCAACCAAAUGGAUUUGCAUCUUCUUCUGUAGUGUUGCCUUUGGUCAAAGGAACUCUUGUCAUUUGUCCUGUGGUUGCCAUCACUCAGUGGGCCGAUGAGAUUGACCGAUGUACUUUGAAAGGAAGCACCAAUGUUCUACUUUAUCACGGAGCCGUGCAAACUAAGAACUGGAAACAAUUUUCCGAGUAUGAUUUUGUGAUAACUUCAUACUCUAUAGUUGAAUCUGACUACAGGAAUAUGUCAAAUUCGAAUUGGCAUGAGAGAAAUUGUGAAGGACCUAGUGUUGUUAGUGAAGAAAAACCAUCCAAGCAAGUUAAGGAAAAUAAAACAAAUGCUAUGCCAUCCCUAUAUGCUGUAAACUGGCAGCGGAUCAUACUGGAUGAGGCACACUAUAUAAUGUAUAAGCGUUCUAAUACCACUCAAGCAGUUUUUUCUUUAGAAUCUACCUACAAAUGGGCAUUAAGUGGCUCUUUAUUUCCGAGCCGGCCGAGAGAGUUGUAUCCUGUGAUAAGGUUCCUACAGAUAUAUCCUUAUUCCUAUUACUUUUGCGAACACUGUAAUUGUAAAGUUCUUCAUCACAGGUUUGGUGAUUCGUUUCUUACAAUGAGUUGUGUGCAUUCAUUAGUCAUACAUGAAGCAUAUGUGGAAACUGGAAAGAUAGGGUCUGAAUUGUGUUCAGACUGCUCCCAUAGUUCUGGGGAUCAUUUCAAUUGGUGGAACAAAUACAUUGCUAAACCAAUUGAAUCUUCUCCAUCCAAUGAUGUUUGUGCAAAAAAAGCUAUGAUAUUGCUCAAACACCAAAUUUUGAAAAACUUGGUACUUAGUCGCACAAAAAUAGGCAUGGCUGCUGAUCUUGAACUUCCACCUACAACUGUUUCAGUGAGAAGGGAUUUCCUGGAUAGAGAAGAGUUCGACUAUUAUGAAACAAUAUACAAGGAAGUUGAAGCAAAAGUUAAUAGAUAUGUUGGAGAAAAUGCUAUAAGGCUUCGCCGUACUGAACUCCUUGUCCUUAUCGCACGGCUGUGUAAGGUGACAGAUCAUCGAUACCUUGUGGAUGAGGAGUUAGGUGCUGAAAAUCUAUCAUGUAAUGCGGCUGACAAACAAGAAAGUAGCACUUGUCAUGAGCCAGAAGAAGAUCCUGUUGAUUUAACUUCCAACGAGGAUGUUAGGGAUCAGGAUGAUAAAACCAUGAUUAAAUAUUCCAGAUCCUCGAGAAUUUUAAGAAAAAUUGAUCUUGAGAACUUUCAGACAAGCACUAAAUUAGAGGCUUUGAGAGAAGAAAUAAGAUUCAUGAUUGAAAGAGAUGGUUCUGCAAAAGGGAUUGUUUUUGGCCGAUUCCCACCAUUUCUAGAUCUUAUAUACUAUUCUUUGUACAAGUCUGGAGUAUCUUGCGUUAUGUUGAAAGAAGGCAUGUCACAGGCUGCACAGGAUGAUGUUGUUAAUAGAUUUAAUGUUGAACCAGACUGCAGAAUUUUGCUCAUGACCUUUUGGGCUGGUGGUAUUCCACUCAACUUGACAGUAGCGUCACAUGUUUUCAUUAUGGACUCUUGUUGGAAUCCAGCUUUAGAGCCUCAGGCUCCAGGCAGAAUUCACCGAAUUGGGCAAUAUAAACCUACAAGAGUUGUGAAGUUUGUCAUUGCAAACACAUUUGAGGAGAACAUUUUCAACUUGAUUGAGAGGAAUAAAUUAGUUGCUCAAGGGAUUUUAAACAGUUCUUCUGAAGCUAUGGAGGCGCAAGUGUCAAUUGGGAAGUUAAAACUCUCAAUUUCCUAAACGAGUUUAGGACAAAAAUGUAUUUGUUUAAUGUACAAUGUAUGAACAUCAAAUCAAAUGCAUUGCGUCUAUUGUUAAUGUUUGUCUCUUUCAAAAUAUUAUUUUUGCCAUAUUUACCCUCUUUAGAUUACACAUUCC